AUGGCAGCUCCACUACAGCGCUCUCUCACUAGAGCGUCAGCUGCGCAAAUAUGUAACACCUACACCCUCCUGCUCCCAGCGAGCUACCGGACCUUCUCCGUGCUCAAUCGCCCACCGCCCAAAUAUGAGGGCCACAUACCGCUCACCAGAGUCGAGCGCGGCGCCCUAGCAGUCGGCUCAGCAGUAAUGUCUCUCUUCAACCCUCGACGAGCAGACCUCAUAGCCGCCCUCGGCGAAGCAACCGCCCAACCCUACUUCAUCUACCGCCUGCGGGACGCCAUGCUCCGCUCCCCCACAGGCCGACGGAUCCUGCGAGACCGCCCACGCAUAUCCUCCAAAACCAUGUCCGUCGAGUACCUGCGCAGCCUCCCCGAGAACUCCGUCGGCCGCGCCUAUGUCGGCUGGCUCGACCGCGAGGGCGUAAGCCCUGACACCCGCUCAGCCGUCCAAUACAUAGACGACGAGGAGUGCGCGUACGUGAUGCAGCGCUACCGCGAAUGUCAUGACUUUUACCACGCGCUGUGCGGGCUGCCUGUAUUCAGGGAGGGCGAGGUGGCGCUCAAGGCGUUCGAGUUUGCGAACACGCUCUUGCCGAUGACGGGGCUCAGCGUGUUUGCGGUGACGACCUUGAAGAAGAAGGAGAGGGAGCGAUUUUGGCAGAUCUAUGGGCCGUGGGCGGUGGAGAACGGGGUCAAGGCUAAGGAGGUUAUUAAUGUGUAUUGGGAAGAGUGGUUGGAGAGGGAUGUGGAGGAGUUGAGGGCGGAGUUGGGGAUUGAGAAACCGCCAGACUUGAGGGGCAUCAGGGCUGUGGAGAAGGAGAAAAGGAGAAAGGAGAAGGAGAGGAGAGAGGGGGUGGGUGCAGCUGCUGAUUAG